AUGCUCGGCGCGCCGCUGCCGAAUUGCUCGGUCGUCUUCUUCCACCACGUCGAAAAGACUGCAGGCACGACGCUGCGUGCCCUCUUCCAGCGGCACGCGCAGCUUGGUCUCUUCGACCUCAUCAGCUUUGUCGGCCGGCAGAAUCGGCUGCAGCUCCAGCUCGUGCUCCAGCGGCUGCACUCGCUGCUUCGAUCCGGCACGCUGCAAGGCCUGAGGCUGGCGGUGGAGCUGCACGUGGCUGGCGACCUCACCUUUCCAUACACGCUCUAUUACACCAUGCCCGACCUCGUGCUCAUCCGGGAGCAGGCGAGAGACACCCUACUCCGCGCCGCCGGCUGUCGCUGCAACCUCGUCUCGCUGCUGCGGAUGCCGCUGCUGCAGUCGCUCUCGUGGCACUCGCACUUUGUCACCACCAAGUCGCCGCUCUGCGUGUGGCCGCCCGCACCGGACUGCGGCACCCGCAUGGCCCUCGGCUCCGACCCCGGCCAGGGCGCGCCGGCCUCCAGCGGGGAAGAGCUCCUGUUCGUGUUUGGAUCACUGUUCUUGCUGUAUUGCGCAGGGGCGGAGGGGAUGUGGCGCCUCUUCGACCUCGUCGGCGUGACGGAGAUGUUCGACGAGUUUGUGCUGCUGCUCGGCGGCGCUGCGGCAGCGCGCCCCCCGCCGAGGGCGCGCGACCUGGUCGGGCUGCCGCACUUGGCGUACCGCGCGCAGCUGCUUGUCGGGAGGAAGCUCAACACGUCGCGCGAGCAGGCCGGCCGGCAGAGGCGGCGGAUGGAGUGCUCGACGUACGGCUGCUUGCUGCGCGGCGCGGUGGUGUCGAGCAGCAACUCGGUCCCGUACGACCACGCCGCGUGCGAGGCCGUCCUCGAGCGGCUCUGUGGCCGCGUGUCGGUCGACGAGCGCGUCUACCUCGCCGCGCGCCUCUCCACCGCCCAGCUCGGCCGCCGGCUCAAGAAGCUGUCCGCCUCCAACGAGGCGCUCUCGGCGCGCGCCGUCCGGCAGGAGAGGAAGCUUCGCGGCGCCCGCUCCGCCCUCGCCUCCUGCGUCGGCUGCUCGGGGGACGUCGUGCCUGAGUUUGACCUCGGCGGCUGCUGGCCGCUCUGGGAGCAGUUUGCCCCCGACGAGCGGCGCUUCCAGUGCUCGCGCACGUGGACGACCGACCCGGCCUAUCGCGACCCCGCCGUCCGGCCCGGCUACCGCGAGAAGCCCUCCGUCCUGCACACACCCAUGGCUUGCUGGCGCACCUGCUGGACGCCGACGGGGCUCGUGGCAGCGAACGAGAUGCGACACAGGACACACGCGGGCGACACGGCCCACUGCACCGCGCCGUGCCCCGCUGCCGCCCCGUUGCCGCUCGAAUGGCGGGCGGAGUGGGACCGUGAGCUCGCUGCCUCCGCUGCGCGGCCAGGCGCCAGCCAGGACCUCGCCGCCCUUGCCGCGCCGUUCCGAGCGCGCGCACGUGGUGGGUGGCACUCGAGCUACCUGACGAGGCAGAUCUUCCGCGUGUUUUGA